AUGGCGGCGCCGCCAGUUACCUGGCCUACAGCCACCUCUCAUGUGAACAUUUACAUGAUGGCAGAACCACUUCACAUGAAUGACAAACAUAGGGAAGUUGUAGGAAGUUCCAUGGAAAGCAUAGCUGGUAGAGGGGCCUUGCUAUUGAAAGCUGCAGCUGAUAAAGGAAAUACUAUGUCUCAUUCUGGUUUGAGUCAUAAGAAGCCAAAGAAAUCGCAAUGUUCCUUUGAAAAUGCUUUCUCUGUUGGCUAUGAUAAGAGUCUCUUCAAUUCGUUAAUGCCACAUCCUCAGGUGAAGACUUGCCAUCAUUGUGGUCUGUUUGGAUCCCUCAGAUGUUCACAAUGCAAGCAAAUAUACUAUUGCUCAGUAGGCUGUCAGAAAAAAGAUUGGCCUGCACAUCGUGUUGUAUGUGAGCCAGUUAAACAGAAUGGAACUAAUAACGAUGAAGGCAAGUUACCUGCUAGAACUGAGAAGAGAGUUUCUUUUAAGGGUAAUUCAACUUCUGUGGAUUUUCCCAAGACAGAAGAGCACAUCAAGAAAAUAAUGCUUUCAGAUCUCCAGACUCUCAGGAUCAAAAAAGCAAUGGAAGUACAGGGUACAGUAACAGAGUUCAAGAGCCCAUGUGAAUUUUAUAUACAGAUGAGUUCUCCAGAAGUUUUAGACCAGAUCAGUAAACUUUCUGUGAAACUGCAAGACUGUUAUGCUAACACAGUUAUUCAAGAGCAAUAUAUUGCUGUCAAAGGGGAGGUGUGUGUUGCAAGGUGUACUUUGGAUCAGGUAACGUCUGAUUCUGUGUUGAGCUCAUCAUCUUUAUAACAUCUGGAACUCAGUUUUAAAGUACUGAUUUCCUUCCCCCCCUAUAUUGAUUAUGGAAAUGAAGAAAACAUUCCGCUCUCCUGGGUUAAAGCUCUGCACAAAGACACUGAACUGUUGUUUCCUCCCUGUGCCAUUAAGUGUUCCUUUGCUAAUUAUGAUCCAAAAGAAAAAGGAUGGAGUGAAGACAUGGACAACAUUUCUUCGCAACUCAUAGGAAAGCGCUGUUCAGUAACUAUUGUUGACAUAUUACAGGAGGAAAUGAUGUUGAAUUUUGCUGUAGAUGUUGUUGUUCCUGAUUUUGGACACUGCCUAGAUAAAGUACCUUUAGAAACUGGGUCUGAUUUAACUCCAGGAAGUAAUGCCAAAGGAGCAGACUGUCCAGAAGUGUCAGAAAACCAUUCUAAAGGAAGUAAAGAAAAAAUACCUGAAGAUGAAGAAUUUCUUUACUUUGGUAAUUCAGUUGCAGUUUGUGUCUCCGUAUGUAUUGGAGAUGUAUUUUCUGGUGUGGUUUCCAGCGUUCAAAACCCAGAAAACUUUUUCUGUCAGCAGAUGCACAGUGCCCGUCAACUUGCUGAGCUUCAGGUGUCUCUUAAUGACCAUUGUGGCAAAUCUCCCAGUAGUCCAGCUUUCCAUCCUACUGCUGGAAAUGUGUGCUGUGCCCAGUUCACAGAAGACAAUCUUUGGUAUCGUGCUGCUGUUAUACAGUGUGUUUCUGAAGAUGCUGUUUUGGUAGGCUAUAUAGAUUACGGUAAUUUUGAAGUUCUUCCACUGACUAGACUUCGUCCUGUGAUUCCAAGGUUAAUGGACUUGCCAGCUCAAGCCAUAAGAUGUACUUUGGCAGGUGUAAAGCCACUGUCAGGAGCCUGGACCUCAAAAGCUAUUUCUUUUAUGAACCAACUGGUGAAAGACAAAGUGCUCACAGUAAAAGUAAUGGAUAAAGAGAGUGAUAGAUCUGUGGUGGAGCUUGUAGAUGCAUCAGUUACUCCUGUAAUAAAUAUAUCAAGCCACCUCAGAGAGAAAGGCUUUGCGGCUGAGAAAUCAAGGAUGGCUUUACCAGCAAUUGGAAUGAGUGAUGUUAAGCCAGCAAAUGAGUACACAGCUAACAAAAAAAUUUACAAGUGGAGUAAAUUAACUCUUAAACAAACAGUAGAUGUCAUAGUGUGUGAACUGUACAAUCCUGGAGAAUUCUACUGUCAGAUUUCAAAUAACAGUGAAUUACUUGCUCUAAACUUACUUAACAAAUCAUUGUCUGCAUACUGUCAGAAAACGCCACCAAACGUUUUUAAGCCUGUGAAUGAAGAACCUUGCUGUGCUUUUUUCUCUGAUGAUGGUAACUGGUACCGUGCUUUGGUGAAAAAUGUUACUUCAGAUGGAACUGUCAGGGUAUGCUUUGUGGACUAUGGAAACGUUGAGGAAGUACCACUGGAUAAAAUACGGCAGAUCUCAUCCUCGUUCCUAAAACUUCCAUUUCAAGGAAUUAAAUGCUGGCUCUCAGGUAUAAAGCCUGGUAGUAGCAAAUGGAUUCCAGAAGCUACAGCAAGAUUUCGUAUGUACGCUGCAGGAAAAAAGCUUCAAGCCAGAGUAACUUCCCUUUCCAGGGAUGGAGCAGGUGUAGAGCUUAUUGACAAUUCCACAGGUCAUCCAAAAGUGAUUAAUAAGAUACUAACUUAUGAAAAAUUGGCUGUAAAGGAAGUUCUGCAAGAUGAAAGUAACUUUCCUGACAAGUCUGACGAAAAAGAAACUUCACUUGCAAACUGGAAGUUGAUUGAACUGGCUAUAGAUGAAACCAUAUUUGUCUGUGUAACAGAAGUUGUAAGCCCAGACUUGUUCUAUGCUGUACCGGUUCAAAUUAAAAAUCAAGAGAAACUACACAGGCAGUUUAUUGAACUAGACAGCUAUUGUAAAUCUUGUGAGAAUCGGCCCUUCAAACCAAAACUGGGUGAAGCCUGUUGUGCCAGGUUUUCAGGUGAUGGCCAUUGGUACAGAGCUCUUGUUCUACAAAUUUACCAGUCUGUAGUGAAAGUACUAUAUGUAGAUUAUGGGAACACAGAAACUUUACCACUUUCAGAGGUGCUGCCAAUCACUGAUUCCUACUUAAAGCUGCCUUUCCAGACAAUUAUGUGUUCACUUGCAGGAAUAAAGAAAGCAGAGUGGACUCCAUUAUUACUUGACAAGAUGAGAGUAAUGUUAUUGAAUAAAUACUUCACAAUUACGGUGAAAGGGAUUAACGGAAAAGUUAAUUUGGUAACAGUGGAGGAACCUUGUGUAAAUGGUAAUCUGAAUGUGGUUGACAAACUGGUAGUGGAAGGUUUGGUCAAAUCCUGCAGUGCUGAAAACUUACAUACUGACCAUCAAGGCAGUGGAGUUGAAGCCAAAUGCUGCUGCUCAGAAUUAAAAAUGCAACUUAAAAGGCAUGAACAGAUCCUACUCUUCCUUUUAAACAAGUUUGAGAAUACGGAUGGAUUCACAGAAAUGAAAAAACUGUUGCACCACUAAGUCUAUGACAUGCAGUUUCGUUUGCAGCAAUCUCAUAUACAUACAGAUCCUUUUUUGGAAGAGCAAGUAUAUUCAUCAUCUUAAUGAGAGUUGUUUUAUAGAAAUUAUGCUGUUCAAGUACCUGUAUUUACUUGUAUGCUUGGAUUGUUACUGUGAAAUAAAUGUGUAACUUAAAGGAUUUCAAGGCUGCAAGUUAAG